AUGAUCGUCCCGCGCUCCUCUUGCCGGCUGGCGAGGCAAUCACUCUCACAGCUUCAGCUGUGCCGGAGGUCAAAUCGCAUCGCCCCCGCCGGCACGAUCCUCGGGCGCCAGACACAGCGGUACAUGAGUGCCGCCGCUUACCAGACCCCCGCCGGCUUGAAGGAUCUUCUGCGCGUAUCGGACGAAGUCGCUGACGCCGUUGCAACGAACAAGCCCGUUGUGGCUUUGGAGUCUACCAUCUACACUCAUGGUGCGCUAGGCAAUGACCUCGGUCUUGAGGACGUCGUCCGUCAAGGCGGUGGUGUGCCUGCUGUUUGCGGUAUCCUCAAUGGGCAACCUGUCGUGGGUUUGAACGAGGAAGAAGUUGCUUUCAUGGUCAACUCUGGAACUGCCAGCAAAGUUUCCAGGCGAGAUGUUGCUCACUUGGUCGGCUUGGGCAUGACCGGUCGUAAAGUUCACGGCGGCACAACCAUCGCCGGCACGAUGCUCCUCGCCCGCCUCGCCGGCAUCCGCAUCUUCGGCACCGGCGGCCUCGGCGGCGUCCACCGCGGCGGCGAAAACAGCAUGGACGUCUCCGCAGACCUCACUGAGCUCGGCCGCACCCGCGUAGCCGUCAUCAGCGCCGGCUGCAAGGGCUUCCUCGACAUCCCCCGCACUCUCGAGUUCCUCGAGACCCACGGCGCCUUCGUCGCCACCUUCGCCGACGGCCGCACCGGCAAGGUUGAUUUCCCCGCCUUCUGGGUCCGCGAGAGCGGCACGAAGAGCCCCCUCGUCGUCGAGACCGAGCGCGAAGCCGCCGCCAUGAUCCUUGCCCAGGAGAGGCUCAACAUUGAGUCCGGCAUGCUCUUCGCCAACCCCAUCCCCGAAGAACACGCGAUCCCUCGUGAGGAGAUGGACGUCGUCAUCGAGACGGCAGUCAACGAGGCUCUGGAGAAGGGCUUCACGGGAGCCAGAAACACCCCUUACGUCCUCGGCAGGAUUAGGGCGCUGACAGAGGAGAGGAGCACGCUGGCUAACGUGGCGCUGGUGAGGAACAAUGUGGCGCGGGCCACCAAGAUCGCCGUCGAGUUGUCCAAGAUGCUGAACGAGGGCACGGAGUCCGUCUCUCCAAGCAAAUUAUUUACCGGAUAUGACACUGCUGCAAAGCCUGCGACGAGAGUCGAAGCCCCUAAGUCGAGCAAGGCGGAUGUCCUCGUGGCAGGCUCGGUAGCUAUCGAUCUAAGCUGUGACUACCAUCCUCUAGGCGGCGUGAAGGAGGUCUCGCCUCACAUGCACACUUCCAACCCCGCUUGUAUCAACCAGUCCAUCGGCGGUGUCGGUCACAAUGUUGCCCUCGCCGCACACAGAGUGAGCAAGGAUGUGAGCGUCCGCCUUUGCAGCAUGAUUGGAGACGACGUCGCCGGAAAGACGGUCCUGUCCUCUCUCGAGUCAUCCGGCCUCGACACGACCUACAUCCGCCAACUUGGGUCCGAGUACCACCACUCGAACCGCACCGCCCAAUACGUCGCCGUCAACGACGCCGAGAAAAACCUCGUGGUCGCCAUGGCCGACAUGGGAAUCUUUGCCAACCACUCCUUCCCCGAGUACUGGAAGUCCGCCGUCUCCGGCGCCAAGCCGGGCUGGCUUGUCGUCGACGGCAACUGGAGCCCCAAGGACAUUCGCGCCUGGAUCCAGGCCGGCCGCGAGCAGGCCUGUGGCGUCGCCUUCGAGCCCGUGUCAACCGCCAAGUCAAUCGGCCUCUUCCCUAAAGAGCAUCCGCACCUGGGCGUCUUCCCCAACCCGGGCAUCGACAUUGCGUCGCCGAACAACUUUGAGCUUACGGCCAUGUACACGGCUGCCAAGGAGAACGGCUUCUUCGACACGCCGGAGUGGUUUGAGGUCAUUGAUGCGUUCAACAUGCGCGGCGCGAGGGAUCGCUUCGUGCAGCUUACGUCCGCGGAGAUGACGGAUGCCGGUAUUCCGGUGCAGACUAUUCAUCUUCUGCCGUACAUCCCCACGCUCGUGACGAAGCUGGGAUCAAAGGGAGUGCUGUUGACUACGAUCCUGGGACGGGACGAUCCCCGUCUCAAGGACAGGAACGAGGAGAGGUGGCUUCUGACGAGAGCGCCUGUUGAUCAUCCUACUGUCGGAGGCGUCUACAUGCGUCUGUUCCCGCCGGCGGAGAAGGUCCCGAUGGAGGAUAUUGUGUCAGUCAAUGGUGUUGGAGAUACCUUCCUGGGUGUCAUGAUUGCGGGCUUGGCAAAGGGAGGCAAGGUCCAGAACCUGAUUGAUGUUGCGCAGAAAGCGGCGGUCUUGACAUUGAAGAGCCAUGAGAGUGUGAGCCCGGAUUUGGGUCGUUUGGAUGAGGCGUUGAAGGCUGCCGCGAGUAAAAAAAUUCUGGACGUCUUUACAGUCGCCAACCUGCUCCCACCUCGAUCGCUGGUGCGCCGAAGACCUCAAAAUCCUCGUCGAAACCCCACGAUUGCGACAAUGGCCAACGAGCAGCCCUUCGAAGAGUUUCCCGACGAGGAGGAGGUCACUUCCUCCUCAGAAUCUGAGCAGUCCGAGCUCGAAGAAACCACCCGCCAGCGCAACCCGCAGACUGUCUUUGACGAGAAGGAUUCGGACGAAGAGGAACUUGAGCGGCUCGUCCUGGGGGGAAAGGCCGACUUCCGCGAACAGCUCUUCCGCAACGAUGUUCUGGGCGAUAUCGAACGAUUGGAGAGGGAGAGGAAUCAACAACUUGUCGCGCAAGACAAGACCACACUAGAGGAUGCUGCCGACCAUGACUUCUUCAUGCUCGACACCGGUGUCCCCUCUGCCAAGGGCCCGCAAGCUGGCAAGCAGCAGCCUGCUGCCGCUGAUCCCAAUGCACCGGCUUGGGAGGACAGUGAUGACGAGCGAUUGACGGUUUCCUUGGCGACCGCGACAAGGUUACGGAAGCUGAGAAUCAGCGAAGGCGAGGAUGUCGUUAGCGGCGCCGAGUACAGCAGAAGAUUGCGCCAGCAGUUUCUCCGACUGAACCCCCUGCCGAAAUGGGCUCAAGAAUCCGAAGAGCGCCCCUCGAAGAGAAGGAGGAGAUCGUCAGGCGCCGCCUCCGACUCCUCAAUCAGCUCCGACGAGGAGGGCGGCGACGAUGACCUCUCCGCCGCGCCCCUGGAGAAAUUCCUCCGCGACGUCCACCGCCUUGCUGGCAAGGACUCGAACGGCAGAACCCGCCUCAGGCCAGAGACCAUCGACAUCCAGCGCACGCGCGAGAUUCCCGACGCUCACAAGGCCUCUGUCAACAACCUUUCCUUCCACCCGAAAUACCCCGUCCUGCUCUCCUCCAGCGUCUCGUCCGUUCUGUACCUGCACCACAUCAACCCGACGGCACACCCCACCCCGAACCCAAUGCUCACCUCCGUGCAAGCGAAGGGCGUCGACGUCCGCCGCGCCGAGUUCCUCUACCCGUCAGGCAACCAGAUCUUCUUUGCCGGUCGUCGCAAGUUUUACCACAGCUGGGACCUCGAGACCGGCCAGGUGCAGAAGACCGCCCGGGUCCAGGGUCACCAACACGAGCACAAGACCAUGGAGCGCUUCAAGCUCAGCCCUUGCGGCCGUUACAUGGGUCUCGUUGCGUCCACCAAAAAGGGCGGUGGUAUAGUCAACAUCAUCAGCACCGAGUCCAGGCAGUGGAUCGCCUCGGCGCGCCUUGACAGCAGGCACGGUAUCGCGGAUUUUGUUUGGUGGAGCAACGGUGAGGGUCUCAGUAUUCUCGGCAAGGACGGCUCCGUCGGCGAGUACUGCGUGGAUGACCGCAAGUUCCGCGCCGUAUGGCAUGACGAGGGCUGCGUGGGCGGCAUCGUCAUCGCGUUGGGAGGCCACCAGGGCCCUGAGUUUUUGGGCGAGGACAGAUGGGUGGCUAUUGGUUCCAGCAGCGGUAUUACCAACAUUUACGACCGCGAGGCGCUCGUCACGAAGUCCAAGGCGGGCGAAGUCAAGGUUGUGGAGCGCCCCGAGCCGACGCGCACCUUUGAGCAGCUCGUCACGCCCAUCACGACGCUGACAUUCUCUCCGGAUGGCCAGCUGAUGGCUUUUGGUAGUUAUGAAAAGAAGGACGCGCUGCGCUUGGUGCACCUGCCUACUUGCACCGUCUACAGGAAUUGGCCCACGGCGCAGACGCCUUUGGGCAGAGUCACUGCUGUUGCGUUUGGAAGGCAGAGCGAUCUGCUGGCGGUUGGUAAUGACACGGGCAAGAUUAGACUGUGGGAGAUACGGUCCUAG